UGGAACGCUGGGGAAGGAAAGAGAGAAGAAACAGAUAAAACCGAGGCAGGGGGUAAAAAGGUGCCCCGCGCCUGUCGGAGUCCAGCGGCCGCCGCCGCCGGGGGUGGGCUCCGGAAGAGCGGGCCUAGCUGGGAAGAGAGAGGACGAGCCAGGAGCGAAAUCCUGCAGGCAGGGAAGAGUUAGAGGCGCAAAGAAAAAGUGGUUUUGGUCGUGCGCUCCGGAGGCGCUUAGGAGGGGACUGCAGCCGCGCAGGGGCCCCCGCGGAUCCUCCCCCUACAUCCUCCGAGGGGCCAGCCCCCGGCAGCCCCUCUGGGGCGCCAGGCGAUGAGAUAAUUCAGCUGAGCUGCGAAAGGAGAGCGUCUGGCGCUGGACUGGGAGGGAGGGGGGUCUCCGGUUCGGGAGAGCCUCGGAAGUAGGGGUGAGGGUCGGCGCCGAUCCCAGCCAGAGCCGGGCGGGGGCUACUGGAUUGCGCAGGAGUGGGCUGCAGGGGCCUCGCGCGCGCGGGGCUUACUGGGGCUGCGGCGGCCCGCGCGCUCCGUCCAGCUCGGAGCUGCCCCGCGCCCCAGCCGCCCGGCCGGCCGGCCGCUCCGGCCCGCGGCGCAGAUGGCUGUGCGCGGUGCCAACACCUUGACGCCCUUCUCCAUCCAGGCAAUCCUCAAUAAGAAAGAGGAGCGCGGGGGGCUGCCAGUGCUAGAGGGGCGCCCGGUAUCCGGGGGCACACCGGUAGCAGUGGCUGGGGCGCCCGCUGUCUGCUGCUGGCGGCUCUUUGGGGAGACGGACAAGGGCGCGCUGGGGGGCGCCGAGGACUCUUUGCUGGCAUCGCCUGCCGGGACCAGAACGGCUGCGGGGAGGACCUCCGAGAGCCCGGGCGGCUGGGACUCGGACUCGGCGCUGAGCGAGGAGAACGACAGCACGCGUCGCUGCGCGGACGAGCCAAGGUCCAGUCGGUCUGGCCGUGCCGGAGGGACCCUGAGCCUCGUUCGACCGGCGGCCAAGGACCUAGAGGAGGAAGCCGCGGGCCGGAGCGACAGCGAGAUGUCCGCCAGCAUCUCAGGCGACCGCAGCCCGAGGGCCGAGGACGAUGGCGUUGGUCCGGAAGGCGCUCGCGUGGCGGCCCCGUGUAGCGGUGCGGGCGGCGGCAGCGCUGGCCCCGCGGGCGGCGCGGAGGAGGAGGAGGAGCCGGUGGCUCCCAAGCCACGUAAGAAGCGCUCGCGGGCCGCCUUCUCCCACGCGCAGGUCUUCGAGCUGGAGCGCCGCUUCAACCACCAGCGCUACCUGUCGGGGCCCGAGCGCGCGGACCUGGCCGCCUCGCUGAAGCUCACUGAGACGCAGGUGAAGAUCUGGUUCCAGAACCGUCGCUACAAGACCAAGCGCCGGCAGAUGGCCGCCGACCUGCUGGCCUCCGCGCCCGCCGCCAAGAAGGUGGCGGUGAAGGUACUGGUGCGCGACGACCAAAGACAGUACCUGCCCGGGGAGGUGCUGCGGCCGCCCUCGCUGCUGCCACUGCAGCCCUCCUACUAUUAUCCCUACUACUGCCUCCCAGGCUGGGCACUCUCCACGUGCGCGGCCGCCGCGGGCACGCAGUGAGCCGGCCUGGGGCGAGGCAGGGAACCAUCCCGGCUCCCCAGCUCCAGAGCGCUGCUGACAGCCGUGCAGGUUGUGCUUUGUACAGGGGCGCCCAGCAGAGGGGUCAAGUGGAGAAUGAGAUCCAGCCCUGGCCCCUGCAUCCAGAACGAGCGCCCUGGCGACAAGACUAAGUCUGCCCGGAGGGGGGCGCCUUUUUCCAAUUUGAACAGAGGCACCCUGUGGCCUAGGGGCUCUGCUCCCUCGUGCCACCCGCCCCCCCCGCCUGCCUGGAAGCCUUUAAACAUUAUUUAUUAUCAUGACAGCGUUGGAUUUGGAUUGUAUCUGCCGGGGGAUGGCGUUUCCCCGGAGUGGAUAGAACUCCUGGAGACCGCAUAGCCUGAAUCCCCUGAAUCUCAGGCCUGCCAGGAGCUUCGUGCGCUAGGCCACACUAGUUCAUGGUAUCCAUGCUACCAAUCUAUGUGUAUCUACAUACGUAUUAUUUUUGGAAAUUGCAUUUGUAACAAAGGGGUGCGGAAACCCUGGCAGCCUCCGGAAACCCCAGGCCAGGGGUUGGUUUGAACCAUGAAGGGUUUGUUUUCCUGGUCCUCUGCGCUACCCCUCCCUGGUGUCAGAGCUCGGGUGAGGGCGCCCUGUUGGAUGCUGAAUGUAAAGAAGGAAACCUCUGAGCACAGGGCGCGCCCCAGCGUUCCUCUCUGAAGUCCAGGGCCGCAAGGAACUGGGAAGCUCCCGAAACCCCCAUACAAGCAGAGAGCAAGUCCCGCCCCCGGCAGCCCUUCGAAGAAAUUUUUUCUUUCUAUUUUUUUAAAAGGAGGUUAAAACUUGUAGCACUUUUGAGUUGUUUGUAUUCAAAUGACGGUUAUUUUUGUAUUCAAUGUGAAUAUCCCUGACCAGCCUUUCCGCGAAGCCCUCCGCAGUUCAGCCGGGGGGG